AUGGAACGCUUUCGCUACCGGCCCGAGAUGCUGGAAGGCAUGCCCGACGAUCUCCUACAACGUAUGAAGCAGUUCGAAGACUGGUUCACGAUUGAAUCCGGCCAACUUAAGAAGAUCACCAACCAUAUCGUCCAAGAACUGGAAAAAGGCCUCACUGUGGAAGGUGGCAGCAUUCCCAUGAUUGUCAGCUGGAUCAUGGCCUACCCAACCGGCCACGAGAGAGGGCGGAUCCUCACCCUCGACAUGGGCGGCACCAACCUCCGCGUGUGCGAUGUGUGUCUGGCCGAAGGAAAGGGAGAAUUUGAACAGACCCAGCGCAAGUUCAAGAUCUCGGCGGCGAUCAAGUCCGGCACGGCCGAGAAGCUCUGGGACUUUGUGGCCGAUCGGUUGGAUAUUUUUAUCAACGAACACUAUAGUAAAGAUCAUAUCAAGGGCCCGUUUCCGUUGUCCUUCACCUUCUCGUUCCCCGUGGAUCAAAAGUCUAUCCGGAGUGGAAUUCUGAAGGGCUGGACCAAGAACUUCGAGGUCUCUGGCGUGCAGGAUCAUGAUGUAGUGCCCCAGCUCGAGGCAGCGUUACAAAGAAAGCAAGUUCCGGCGAGGGUAGUAGCGCUGAUCAACGAUACGACGGGCACGCUCAUUGCGUCGCACUACAAAAACAGGCACGUCAAAAUCGGCAGCAUCUUCAGCACGGGCUGCAAUGCGGCAUAUAUGGAAGAAUGCAGCGCGAUCCCCAAACUGCGCGGGUUGGGCUUGCCCCAGGACGCAAAGGUGAUCAUCAACACGGAAUACGGCGCGUUCGACAACGAGUGCCAGUUUCUGCCGCGGACGCCAUUCGACGAACAAAUCGACGCAGAGUCGAUCCGGCCGGGCAUGCAGAUCUAUGAAAAGAUGGUGGCCGGGUUGUACAUCGGAGAAAUGCUGCGCCUGAUAAUGGUCACGCUGCACGAGCAAGAAAAGUUCUUCGAGGGCCAGGACACGACGCGCCUGCGCACGGAAAACACCCUGGAGGCGUCGUUCUUGUCCAUCGCCGAACUGGACAUUUCAGAGGACCUGGACGACAUGAGGGCGGAGUUCAAAGAAAUGCUCAGUCUAGACCCGUCGCUCGAGGAGCUCAAGGCGUGUCGGUAUCUUAUCGGGCUGAUCGCGACGCGUGCGGCGCGUCUCUAUGCCUGCGGCGUGGCGGCCAUCUGCAAAAAGAAGAAUCUGCGCCGGUGCCACGUCGGGGUCGAUGGAUCGGUGUUCAAUAAGUACAGCGGCUUCAAGGACCGCGCGGCGCAGGCUCUGCGCGAGAUCAUGGACUGGCCGCCACACGAGCUGGACCUGAUCGCGCUCAACGCAGCCGAGGAUGGCUCGGGCGUGGGCGCCGCGUUGGCAGCCGCAUUAGCGAUGAAUGCAGAAAACAUCCCGGAUGGGUGUGGGGAAGAAGAAGCCACUGUGGCCGAUUAG